AUUUUCAGUUGCCAUGAAACUUGUUUAUAAAUGGCAUAUCAACAUUGAUCAAUAACGUUCUAGUUUAUUAGUGGAAUUGUGUAAAGUAUUGUGUUGAAGAUGUCGAUUGACGAUUUUGAGGGUAACGACAUUGUUCAAAAUGCUGGGAAAAAGCUUUGCAUCGCGCUGCAAAGCGAAGACAAAUUUGUCCGUAAACUAGCUUUAAAAGAAUUUGCAGAAUCGCUGAAGCCUAUGGAUCAUAAUGAAUUGCACCGCUUAUUUAAAGAAGUUCAUAUAUACUUAUUAAACACGCUCAGGGAUAGAUCAGAACCUGUAAGGGAGCAAGCAAUUCAAACAUUGCAACUGUAUAUUCUGGAGAAGUUACCAAUAAAUGACUACUACAUUUCCUACCUGUUUCCAAUAUUCAUUGAAAGAAUUGGUUCAGUGGAAAUUGUUGAGGAGUCUGAGGAAAUUCGUCUACAAUUAUUACACUUAAUCCAUGGUAUAAUUGAUAAGUAUUCUGAAGGAUCACAGCUGAAAGCAUUCCUGAAUGAUUUGGUAAUAAUUUUAAAAGAAACUGUUAAAGAUAAAUAUCCAGCAAUAAAGGAAAUGAGUUGCAAAUGCAUAAUUUUAUUGUCCAAAUAUUUACCAAGGGAUUUUCAUAUGCAAGCUGAGAGUUUGGUCAAACCUGUCUUGGGAAAUUUUAGCCACCAAAGAUACAAAAUAAGGAUUGAUGCUAUACAAUGUAUGGAAGUGAUUGUGCUAGCAAGUAGCUGUAAAGCUUUGGAAGAGGUAGCUGGUCCAAUGGCAGAAAGACUCUUUGAUCAGAUACCAGCAGUGAGAAGAACUGUGGCCAGGGUUGCUGCUAGGUGGCUUCUAGAAUACAGAGAUAGGUACUCAUUUUUUUACAAAUUGUUGCCACUAUUACUUACGGGUUUAAAUGAUGAAGUUCCAGAAACCAGAGCAGAAGCACAUACAUUAUGGUUGCAGGUUGGUUUGCAGUAUCAACGGGAAAAUGAGAAAGAUUUCAAAGAUGAACUGGAUUUUCUCACGCAAUUACCGAAGCACUAUCCUAAAGAUUUGGAAAGACCCAAUUUAGGGUGUCGAGUUUUAGUACAAAGGACAAUCGGCAAAUUAACUUCGGCUUUAGCUAGAGAACUGUCGAGUUGGCAGGCUGAUGUCCGUGUAAGAUGCAGUCAGUUGCUUUGCGCCGUGGCACAUCACGCCGAAGACGGUAUCACACAGCAUUUACAAGAAUUAUUAGUCGCUAUGUAUGCCACUGCUCGGGACGAAGAUGAACGAGUAGUUGUGAAUAUUGUAAGAGCUAGCCAAUUGAUUGGUACCUUCGUGCCGGUAGAUACUUGGAAGAAGUUAAUACUGCCAGCUAUAGAAGAUGGUGCCCAUUAUGGACAUCUCACAGUUUUGGCCAACUUAAUUCGGGGUGCGCCACAAGACCUCGUUUGUUCUGAGUUGAGAGAAAUUUCGCAAUUAUUGGUAGAUCCCAAUGUCUGCCAAAGUAGGAAGGCUCGAUAUCAGAAAGAACUCAUUAACUGUGUUAACUCGAUUGAAGAUAAAUACUCUGAUGAACUGUCUGGUGAUAUCGGAUCACUUCUUUUCCGCAUUGUUGCUACAGUCUUCAGUAUCAGAGAUAAAGAAAACGAUGAGGUUUUAGAUGAGAGGAUGUUUCAAAGAUUGAGCGACGUUUUAAAGUUGGACAAUGUCGACGAUCUGUGGAAAAUAUUUUUGGAAGAUUUGCUGAAAUCGUUAAAUGGAGAUCCGAAGGGUUGGACAGAAGUAACUGUAGAUCGGUGCAUUUUGGAAACUAUUCUUGCUUAUUCGAAUGCAUCUUUCGGGCAGCAUUUGGGCGUUAUUGGAGCGAUUUUAGUGGAUGCCUUGGAUUUGAGUGUCGAGCCUGAAGCCAGAUUGAGGACUUUCAUCGCACUCACAGAAGCGUUGGAUAAAAAAGACGUUAUCUUCAAAAAUGCAAUUAAUCUUCAAAUAUUCUUAGAGACAUUGAUUACAGAUGCCAUUAAACCAACUCUGGUAUGGCACGCAGGACGCACAGCUGAGGCUAUGCGGACCAUGGCAACUUCUUGCCUUUGCACUGCUUUAAGUCCUGCCAUCAAUGUUGAUCUAUUCACAAAGGAACUUCUGCAAACCUUAUCGCAGCAGAUCAUACCUUUGCUAUUGUCGUUGACUGAAGACGGUGCAUAUCGCAGCCGUCAUUUAUCUCUCGAAGCUUUAGUAUUGCUCAAAAAUAUGAUGGUUGUUAAAGAAAUUUGGGGGAUUGACGAUCUCAUCAAAAUAUAUCCAGAAAUACUAAAGCGUCUGGACGAUCCGAUUAGUGGGGUGCGUAUAUGUUCAGUUGAAUCUAUAUCCAUUCUACUUGAGGAUAUCCCGGAGGAAUUUAAGGGAGACACGUUCAAGUCACACCACGAGUUUAUAAUUGAUACACUGAUGAUACAUUUUGAUGAUGAUGAAAUGGAGUUUCAGGAAUUGAUUAAAGGUGUAUUUAAAGUUCUAGUUAAAUUCUGCAAGCAGAUUGUUGAGGAGAAGGUGCUCAAACAUAAACCACUUAUUAGAAAUCAAGAUGGGUGUGAUGAAAUCAUCAAAUAUAUCCAACAGAUUGAGUUAUAAUUUAUG